ACUUGUAAACAGAGACCUGUCAAAGAGCACAAACGCCAUCUUGACAGCAACCUCAAAAUGGCAGAAAGAUAUGAGUCAGAAACAGGGUCCAAACUAAGAUUCCGGCGCUCCACUACUUAAAACCAGGUACUUCAGAUAUUCUAUAAGCAAGUGGGCAUGGAGUUGGUGUGCGGUGCUACAGCACAGAGCCUGUAAAAUGGAUAUAACCGUGGCGGUUUUUAACGCGGCCAGAGAUGGUAAGCUGAAACUUAUCCAGAAGUUGCUGAGCAACAAAACUCCGGAGGAGCUGGAGGCUUUAGCGGAGGAGAAAACCCAGGGCAGCACCGCGCUUCUCAUAGCCUCUCGGUACGGACAUUUAGAAGUCGUAGACUACCUGCUCGAACAUUGUAAAGCUAAUGUUGAACUCGGGGGCUCGGUCAACUUUGACGGCGAGACUAUCGAGGGGGCUCCACCGCUGUGGGCGGCUUCGGCGGCGGGUCACCUCCCCGUGGUGAAGACGCUGCUGAAACACGGCGCCUCGGUAAACAACGCCACGCUAACCAACUCCACCCCGCUCCGAGCCGCUUGCUUCGACGGCCACCUGGAGAUCGUUCGCUACCUGGUGGAGAACAGAGCGGACAUGGAGGUCGCCAACCGCCACGGCCACACCUGCCUCAUGAUUUCCUGCUACAAGGGCCACAAAGAGAUAGCCAAGUUUCUCCUGGACCGUGGGGCUGACGUGAACCGAAAGAGUGUGAAAGGGAACACGGCCCUCCAUGACUGCGCUGAGUCUGGGAGUCUGGAUAUCAUGAAGAUGCUGCUAAAGUGCAACGCCCGCAUGGAGAGGGAUGGGUAUGGGAUGACCCCCCUCCUGGCUGCCAGUGUAACGGGUCACACUAACAUUGUGGAGUAUUUGGCCCACCAGCCUCGCACUUCCAGAGAGGAGCAGAUUGAUGCACUGGAGCUACUGGGAGCAACGUUUGUGGACAAAAAACGUGACUUGUUGGGAGCGAUGAGGUACUGGAGAAGAGCCAUGGAGCUGAGGGAGGCGGGGGACAAAGCUGGAUCGCUGUCCAAGCCUCCGCCUGGUCCUCCCAUCCCUGCCUACGGAUGUGCCCAGGAGGUGAGCACCGCAGAGGAGCUUGAAGCUUUAAUCACUGAUCCUGAUGAAAUGAGGAUGCAGGCCUUGCUGGUUCGUGAGCGCAUCCUUGGGCCAUCCCAUCCGGACACAUCUUAUUACAUUCGGUACAGGGGAGCUGUGUAUGCUGACUCAGGCAACUUUGAGCGCUGUAUCAGUCUGUGGAAAUAUGCCUUAGACAUGCAGCAGAGCAACUUGGACCCCCUCAGUCCCAUGACAGCCUCCAGUUUCCUCUCCUUUGCAGAGCUCUUUUCUUUUGUUCUUCAGGACAGGGCCAAAGGCACCCUGUCAACUCGCAUCACCUUCCAGGAUCUAAUGACUGUGCUGGGGAAAAGCGUGAGGGAAGUCGAAAGAGCUGUAGCACAGAGAGACAACCCCCCAGAAGCCCCUCAGUUCAACAAGGCACUUUCCAUCAUCCUCCACCUCAUCUUUUUAUUGGAAAAGCUCGAGUGCAACCCCGAGCAGGAACACCAAAAGAAGCACACAGUCUACCGUCUGCUCAAGCUCAACCCUCGAGGUCGGAACGGAUUCACGCCGCUCCACAUGGCCGUGGACAAAGAGACCACAUCUGUGGGCCGCUACCCAGUGGGCCGCUUCCCCUCCCAGGCGGUGGCAGCGCUGCUCCUAGAGUGCGGCGCAGAUGUCGAUUCGCGGGACUUUGAGAACAACACCCCGCUGCACGUUGCCGCCAACAACGGUUGCCCAGAGAUAAUGGCACUGCUGGUGAAGGCGGGGGCCCACUUCGACGCCACGAACGCUCAGAGGAAAACGGCUUACGAGCUGUUGGAUGAUCACAGCGGCGGCCACACGGCACUGUACCCGCUGAACUACAUCACCCUUCAGUGCCUGGCAGCUCGUGCGAUUGAAAAGCACAGGCUGCCUUACAGGGGCCUGAUCUCUGAGGAGAUGGAGGCUUUCAUUGAGCUCCACUGACUUCCAAGAAUAGACUCUCCUUUAACAAACAUUCUGUGUUCAUCAUUUUCUUCACUUCUGGCUCUAAUAGCAACGUGUCAGACCAAACCAUAGCAAUAAACCCACAUCCUCUGGGAGUAGUCUCUGCUUCCAAUCUGGAAUAAAUUUUAUGAUGAAGUCACAAAGACUGUUUUAAACUUCUUGGUUUCUGGUAUAAGAAUGGAAAAAAUAUUAUGACUUUAAACUAAAGACCUCGACUUCUAGUUCCUCUGACUUCACUUGACUUUUGACUUUAAAUGAUUAGCAAUUUUAAAUCAGAUAAUUUGAAAUUAUCUGAUUUAAAACUAACACUUUUAGUUAGCUUAACAACUGCAAAAUUAUUUUACAUGCUUGUCAAAAGGUGUUCUAAUUUUAGGUUUGAAAUCAAACUGAUCGAAAUUUUGUUAAUACUACCAUCCUGAUUUGCCAGUCCAAAGCGAUGUAUUAACUCAUUUUGUUUAACAGGUCAAAUCUUCGUGUUGGGAAAAAGUCCACACUUUGUUAAAUAAAAGUAAACUGAAAAAUAGAAAAUAUUUAGAUUUUUCUAAGCGAAAGUCAUUUUUUAAUCUAGAAAUCAAUAUCUACCUAUAUUGGUUUUUAAUUCAUCCAGCAUUGUAGGUGAGGAACUUUAGAAAGAUGUUGUUGUUUUUUUCUAGAAGCAUUCAUUGUCUUCUGUGUUAACAUUGUUUAACUUAUUUGGUCAAGACAUAGGUGCAUACAGUGUCACGUUGGCAAUAGUUUUACAGGAAAUAAAUUUUCUUUGAACAGUUUUGCUUCAAAUUGAGAUGGGUAAGAAACAGUGAAAAAGGCCAGACAUUAUUUAUGUAGUGUCUAAAAUGCAAAGGUACCGGAAGUUUUGUUACUAUGUAAUCAUUAACAUUUAAUUCUGGCAAAUAAAUGCAUUUUGGAAUUACUAAUAUUUUUGCAAACUAGUAAUAUUUGAUUAUGACUCUAAGUUGACAAUUUGAGACUUGACUUAGAAUUCCUUUGUCUUGACUUUGAGCUGAACUUUUGACUUCUUUCUUUUCUUGCGACUGGAAUGAGAAGUCUUGAGACUUGGUUGUGACCAGCAAAUUGAUGACUUACUCCCACCUCUGUUUUAGAGUUUCUCCAACUAAAAAGAAGCAUCACACCAUGAUCAGGCUUUUGUAAAAUAAAAGCUUCUGAUUUCUGACAUCCGAUCAAGAUAUUCAGAGAACAUGCAUGGAAAUGAAGUGUGGUUAUGGUAGUUCAACUCUUAUUUUGAUCAUUUAUAUAUCAACUCAAACUAGCAGGUUUUUCACUUAAUGUCUGUUUAAUAUGGGCAAUGUAUUUAGAUUACUGUGCCAAACGUUCUGUUACUGACUUAUCUAAUUUUAAAAGAAAAAGUGUAACUUUAAGCAAGGACACUAAUUCAACAAUAUUAGACGACCAGUAACUUCAGUGUCUUAAUAUUUAAGACUGCAAUACUCUUUGUCUGCCUCUAGAACAAUUACUUGAAAGACUUGAGAUAAUUGGCAUUGAUUGGAUUGCGUAAAACGGGCAGCAACAAACUUAACUCUAUUAGUGUUUCUAGCCUAUGCAGUUU